AUGGCACCGUUCCUGCGCAUCUCCUUCAACUCCUACGAGCUGGGCUCCCUGAAGGCCGCGGAUGAGGCAAGCCAGCCCUUCUGUGCUGUGAAGAUGAAGGAGGCUCUCAGCACAGAGCGCGGGAAGACGCUGGUGCAGAAGAAACCCACCAUGUACCCCGAGUGGAGGUCCACGUUCGACGCCCACGUCUACGAGGGCCGCGUCAUCCAGGUUGUACUAAUGCGGGCCGCCGAGGAGCCGCUGUCCGAGGCGACAGUGGGUGUGUCCGUGCUGGCCGAGCGCUGCAAGAAGAACAAUGGCAAGGCCGAGUUCUGGCUGGACUUGCAACCCCAGGCCAAGGUGUUGAUGUCAGUGCAGUAUUUCCUGGAAGACGUAGAUUGCAAGCAGUCUAUGCGGGGUGAAGACGAGGCCAAGUUCCCAACAAUGAACCGCCGUGGAGCUAUCAAACAGGCCAAAAUUCACUAUAUCAGGAACCACGAGUUCAUCGCCACCUUCUUUGGGCAGCCCACGUUCUGCUCUGUGUGCAGAGAGUUUGUUUGGGGUCUCAACAAGCAAGGCUACAAGUGCAGGCAAUGUAAUGCUGCCAUCCACAAGAAAUGCAUCGACAAGAUCAUCGGCCGGUGUACAGGCACUGCAGCCAACAGUCGGGACACCAUAUUCCAGAAAGAACGUUUCAACAUCGACAUGCCGCACCGGUUCAAGGUUUAUAACUACAUGAGCCCCACCUUCUGUGACCACUGUGGCAGCCUGCUCUGGGGGCUGGUGAAGCAGGGAUUAAAGUGUGAAGACUGUGGCAUGAAUGUGCAUCACAAGUGCCAGACGAAAGUAGCCAACCUCUGUGGCAUCAACCAGAAGCUCUUGGCCGAGGCCUUGAACCAAGUUAGCCAGAGAUCUUUAAAGAAGGAACCAGAGACCCAAGAAACUGUUGGGAUCUACCAGAAUUUUGAGAAAAAGCCAGGAGUCUCUGGAGAUGAUGUCGCGGAAACUGGGACCUACGGCAAGAUCUGGGAGAGCAGCACCAGGUGCAGCAUUGACAACUUCACCUUCAUCAAGGUCCUGGGCAAAGGCAGCUUCGGGAAGGUGCUGCUCGCAGAGCUGAAGGGCAAAAAGGAAUUCUUUGCCAUCAAGGCUCUCAAGAAAGACGUGGUCUUGAUCGAUGACGACGUGGAGUGCACCAUGGUGGAGAAGCGCGUGCUGGCGCUCGCCGGGGAUCAUCCAUUUCUCACCCACCUCUUCUGCACCUUCCAGACCAAGGACCACCUGUUCUUUGUGAUGGAGUUCCUCAAUGGGGGUGACCUGAUGUACCACAUCCAGGACAAAGGCCGCUUCGAGCUCUCCCGUGCCACGUUUUAUGCAGCUGAGAUAGUCUGUGGACUACAGUUUCUGCACCAGAAAGGGAUCAUUUACAGGGACCUCAAGCUGGACAAUGUGUUGCUGGACCACACUGGCCACAUCAAGAUUGCCGACUUCGGCAUGUGCAAGGAGAACAUGUCCGGGGACAAACAGGCCAGCACCUUCUGCGGCACCCCUGACUACAUCGCCCCCGAGAUCCUGCAGGGCCUGAAAUACUCGUUCUCCGUGGACUGGUGGUCCUUCGGAGUCCUUCUGUACGAGAUGCUCAUUGGUCAGUCCCCCUUCCAUGGUGAUGAUGAGGACGAACUCUUCGAGUCCAUCCGGGUUGACUCACCGUACUAUCCUCGCUGGAUCACCAGGGAGUCCAAGGACAUCCUGGAGAAGCUGCUUGAACGGGACAUAAACAAGAGGCUGGGAGUGACAGGGAACAUCAAAAUCCACCCCUUCUUCAAGACCAUCAACUGGGUUCUGCUGGAGAAACGUGCAGUGGAGCCGCCCUUCAAGCCCAAAGUGAAGUCACCCGGAGACUACAGCAACUUCGACCAGGAGUUCCUGAAUGAGAAGCCGCGCCUCUCCUACAGCGACAAGAACCUCAUCGACUCCAUGGACCAAACAGCAUUUGCUGGCUUCUCCUUCGUGAACCCCAAAUUUGAGAGGCUCCUGGAAAACUGA